AUGUCUUCCUGUGUGCCAGCACCUCAUCGCGCUGCCGGGCACAAAGUCAUGGCUUCCGUCCGUAAAUCACCCUCCAACGAAGGCUUCCACCAUCUAGGCAUCGAUGGCGUGCUCAGAUCAUUCAACUCGAAACGGGAAGUCGUGGACUACAAUCAACUCAGUCCUGAAGAGGUCAAUGAUGUGGUCAGAGGUUUCAAGGGCUUGCUUGAUGAUGAGAAAUUCGCAGAGAUGGAGCAGAAGUUCAAGGGUGUUGACGGGAGGAAAGUUACAAAUGAGGAGGAUUUGUUGCGUCCAGGACCUGGUGUAAGACCUCAGACUCCACAAGCCUAA